UAAAUAUUUUAUUAACAGCUUACAAAAUGCGAGCAAUACCGAAAUGGGUUGAAAAAAUCCACGAACAAAGUGAUAAAAGUGAACUAGCGAGCAUUCAUGCAACAUGUUUCCAUCCAGAUGCACUACAAUUAAUAGUUGGUGCAGGUGAUAAAGUUUUGGUUUACGAUGCAAGUGAUGGAAAUUUGAUCGAAACUUUAAAAGGCCAUAAAGAUAUUGUUUAUUGCCUUGCUUAUAGUCGAGAUGGAAAACGUUUUGCAAGUGGAAGUGCUGACAAAACAGUCAUCAUUUGGACACAAAAACUCGAAGGUGUCCUCAAAUACUCUCACAACGAUGGCAUUCAGUGUUUGGCAUUUAAUCCAGUAUCACAUCAGUUGACAAGUUGUGCAAUUGGUGAUUUCGCAUUUUGGGCAUCUGAGCAAAAGAAUGUUCAGAAAUUCAAAAUCUCAGCAAGAAUUAAUUGUUGCUCAUGGACACUUGAUGGUCAAUACAUAGCUUUGGGUUUGGCUAAUGGAACAAUCAGCAUUAGAAACAAACUUGGUGAUGAGAAAAUCAAAAUUGAUCGAGGUAAAGCGCCAAUAUUUGGUCUUCAAUGGGCACCAAAAACAACGUCACCGAAUCCAGGCCCUGUUGACAUUCUUGCUGUUGCCGAUUGGAAUCAAACUUUAAGCUUUUACACAAUAAGUGGUCAAAUAAUUGGGAAAGAACGCACUCUUGGGUUUGAUCCACUUUGUCUGAGUUUCUUCUCAGAUGGGGAAAGUUUGGUCGUGUCAGGAUGCAACAAGCAACUUCAAUUAUUCACUCGAGAAGGAAUUCGACUUGGAACACUCGGCGAACCUCACGACUCAUGGAUUUGGACAGCUUCACCACAUCCCCAUGGAACUGCAAUUGCUGUCGGAUGUCAAGACGGUUCUCUGGCUUAUUAUAAUCUGGCAUUUAGUACAGUUCAUGCAUUAUAUCGCGAACGUUAUGCAUAUCGUGAAAACAUGUGCGACGUGAUUAUUCAGCAUUUAGUGUCAGGUCAAAAAGUUCGAAUUAAAUGUCGCGAUCUCGUUCAUAAAAUUGCAAUUUAUCGCCAUCGUCUCGCAGUGCAACUUCCAGAGAGAGUUGUUUUAUAUGAAUUGAGUUCAGCUGACAAUCAACCGAUGCAUUAUAAAGUAAAAGAAAAGAUCUCAAAGAAAUUUAAUUGCAGUUUGCUUGUCGUUUGUUCUGAGAAUCUUGUCUUGUGUCAAGAGACGAAGUUACAAAGUCUCGAUUUCAACGGCGAUUUACAACGUGAAUGGAUAAUGGAUAGCUUCAUUCGUUAUAUUAAAGUAACUGGCGGACCAGCUGGAUGUGAAGGUCUCAUGGUUGGACUUAAGAAUGGUCAAGUUUGGAGAAUUUUUCUUGACAAUUCAUUGCCAAUUCUUGUCACAACAGUUCUUUCAUCUGUUCGAUGUCUUGAUUUAAAUUCAACAAGAACAAAGCUUGCUGUUGUUGAUGAUGCUGGUCGUAUGAUUGUCCGUGACUUAACAACUGACAGUUUGUUGUAUCAAGACGCGGGUGUCAAUUCAGUUGCAUGGAACACAAGUCUCGAAUCAAUGCUUUGUUAUUCACAUACAAAUGGUGGUUUAAGUAUUCGUGUCGGUUCUUUACCACCAAAAAAUCCUCAAAGCAUGAUUGGCGUUGUUGUUGGACUUUGUGGUGCAACAGCUUUCUGUUUGAGAGGAAAUGUUAUGAGCAACGUUCCUCUUGCAUUGAGUGCAACGCUCUGGCAAUUCGUGGAAGCGAAUUUGUAUGAAGAAGCUUAUGAAGUCGCAUGUCUUGGUGUUACUAACAACGACUGGGAUGGUUUAGCUCAUGCAGCGUUAGAUGCAUUGAACUUUAAAGUGGCACAAGACGCUUUUGUCAAGACAAGAAAUCUCCCGUGGCUUGAGUUUAUCAACGAGAUGAAAGGAAGGCAAAAGCACGGAGAUGUUUCGAAAGAAUUUCUUCAAGCAGAAAUUUUAGCGUUUGCUGGGAAGUUCAAAGAAGCUGCAAGACUUUAUCAAAAAAGUGGACAAAGUAAUAAAGCUUUGAACAUGUACAGCGACUUGAAAAUGUUUGAUCUCGCGCAAGAGUUUGUGAAGGAAGGUGAAGAGAAUAGCGAGGAUAGGAAAGAGUUGGUGAGACGCAGAGCUGAAUGGGCUUGCUCUGUUCAUGAGCCAAGAGCAGCUGCUGAAUUAUUGAUGGCAGCCGGCGAGACACAAAGAGCGAUUGAGAUUGUUUCGGAACAAGGUUGGACUGAUUUGUUGUUAGACAUUGGAAGGAAAUUGAAUGUCAAUGACAAAGCAUCACUUGAACUUAUUGCUGAACAUUUAAAGCGGCUGAAAGCUUUGCCACUUGCGGCUGAAAUUUAUCGUAAGCUUGGUGAAGAGUCUCAAGUCGUUCAACUUCAUAUUGAAGCGAGAGAUUGGCAAGAAGCUUUUCGAUUAGCUGAGAAAUUGCCACAAAUCUUACCUUCAGUUCAUUUACAGCAUGCUAGAUGGUUGGCUGACUCUGAUCAAUUUAUUGAAGCACAUGAAGCAUUUGUGCUUGCUGGAAAACCAAAAGAAGCUCACAUUUUGCUCAGAAAUCUUGCUGAUUGUGCUGUAAGCGAAGAAAGGUUUUCCGAUGCUGGUUACUUUACAUGGCUAAGAGCGAAGCAAUUACUGAAAAUGAUGGAAAUGAACCCUAAUGAAACAUUGCCUCAACACAUCAAAGAAUUUAAACUGCUGCUGCAAUUAGCUUCGAUUUAUUAUGCUUACACAACAAUUCAUUCGUAUUUACGUGAACCAUUUACAAGUUCACCACCUUUGACUCUCUUUAAUACGAGUCGAUUUAUUGCUAAUCAGAUAAGCAACAGCAGUCCACCGAAGGGUAUCAGCAUGUUUGCUGUUUAUUACACGCUUUCAAAGCAAGCGAAAGUUCUCGGAGCGAACAAACUUCACCUUCAAAUUAAUAAUAAAUUGCAAACAUUGAAAGCGCCGAGUGGAAUUCAGGAGCAAGUUGACAUUAACAUCAUGAAUUCGCGUGCAGCUGUUGGUGGGUUUAGUGAUCCUGAAGAACUUCUGCCAAUGUGUUACAAAUGCUCAAACUUUAGCAUGCAUUUGAGUGGCAAUCAAUGUCAAAAUUGUCAACAAGAAUUCAUCUUUUCAUUUGUAUCGUUUGAGAUUUUACCGCUUUCUGAAUUUCAUCCUGAAAGUGACAUAAGUCAAGAAGAGACUGAAAGAUUGCUGAUGGCACCGCCACGACCGAAUGAAGCUGUCGAUCCAUUUACUGAAACAAUCAUUCAAGAUGAGAUUAGUGACUUGUUGCCUUUGACACUCAAUCGUGAAUUGCUUAGAGCGAUUGAUCCAAGAAAUGUCAUCAUGAUGAAAUGGCCGGAACCAAUCGGCACGAAAUAUUACAGAAAUCUUCUUCCUGAACUUCAGAUAACGAUUUGUCAAGAAUGCAUUCAAGCUUUUCAUUCGGAAGAUUUCGAGAUUCAAGUGUUGCAGAAAGGUUGUUGUCCCUUUUGUCGUACUACUUCUGGAGCCUUUUAAAGAAUUUAAAUUAUUAAACGAGCACGAAACAUGCACAAAACGCCUUAAAACAUUCUCACAUUCCGUCCAAUGAAAUGUGAUUUUUAUUGUCUAUUUACGUAUUGAUCUCACUGAUGACAUUAUUAAAUGUUUACUUAUUAAGAUAAUAAAAUAAACUUUGCACUUUAAAGAAU